CAUCAAAGCGCGAUGGCACUGAAGGGGUUUACUCAUAAUACCUACAAAGAAGCCGCCGAUUUCGGUGGUUCGUCCGACGCACCUCUUUCCUAUUCACGGUACAAUGAAAUCCACCCUCAAAGCAGACCACUGAAUCCGCCGUCAUCAGCCAAAUCCAUCCAAAAUGUUGGCAAGUCGUGUGCUGCCGCCGAUUCUUCGGACCCCGCCCCCUCCAGCUCCUCCCGUUGCGACGUUUUUCAACAUCCCCAGGAGAUACGUCAAAUCCAACAUGCAGGUUGGCGACAAUGCUUCGCGCUCCCCUACGGAGGACGUGCAGUCUCCGCGAACGUUGCGGAAGAGCAGCAGGAUCCACGAGCUUCGGUCUGCAUCGACGUCUAGCCCAGUGCAGCGCACCAAAGAACAGGAGCUCCCUUCGUCGGAUUCGUCUUCUCCUACGUCUGGUAAGAAGAGAGUUGCUUCCUACGACGAGGUCAAUGGGGCAGAGACUGUCGACGGUGAUAGUCCCACAGACCCUAGACCUCCCCCAAGCGCUUCAUCAACGGGGUCUGGAGAAUUAUCAGGGAGCGUCUGCCUCUGCCAGCCUGAACCCAAGAUUCCCCGUCCGCGGAACGCAUUUAUUCUUUAUCGCCAGCACCACCAGCAUGCCAUCGUCGCCCGCAAUCCUAGACUCGCAAAUCCUGAGAUUUCGAAGAUCGUCGGCGAACAGUGGAAGGCUGAAAGCGACGAGCAGAAAAAGGUUUGGCAGGAUCUUGCACAGGAGGAGAAAGCAAGGCAUCACCAACAAUAUCCCGAUUAUCGAUACCAGCCCCGCCGUCUUGGGAAACCCGGAUCACUGCCUUUGAAUCCAUCGGGCCAGCACACGACUGUGGACAAGUAUCGUUGCCCAAGGUGCGGUGGUCGCAGCAUCAAGACUCCUACAAGCCCUUUUCUCAGUGCGAAUAAUACGCCUUUGUUGCCACCACCCAACGUUUCCGAGGGCCUCACCCCGACGACUCGCUACCUACCUAUGAUGAGCAACCUCAGCUUAGAAUCGCCCGCUCAUCGCCGUGGCCCUGGGCCAUCUAGCCUCAGCAACAUCCAGGUAACAUCGGCUGCUCGCGAGGACGCAACGAUGUAUAGUCCGCUUACGCCAGAGUUAAAGAGGCGACGAUAUAACAACUACGCAACUGUGACCAACGGACGCAGACCAGAAGCCUCAUACUACAGUUCUGGGCUCGCCCGGCGAGAUUCACUUCCCCCUAUCCAUAUGCGACCUUCCCCUCCGAACACUGCCACCAUGCCUCCUCCACGAACACCUCGCGAUGUCCGCCGCGGGUCGGUCGAUCUCAAUGUCCUCGUAACAAAUCAACAUGAUCAGAGCAGGAGCGUGGAAGCGAUGGUGAUGAGCGUUCCAUUUCCCGUCAAGAUUAAGGUUCUUGGUCGCAUAACUCCUCCGCUCAAGGACCCCGGUCCAACUAGCCCAGCAAUCCAGGUCCGCGGCGCCAUCAUCGCUGUCGAAGGCGAUGACGCAGCGGCAGUUGGGGAGCUCACAGGGUGGCUCAACAACUUCCUCGCCAAAGACAAGGAAUACAGUCCUCGUAUUGCUGAGCCUCCGAAGGGCCCAGCCGCAAACCAGAAGGAAGUCUCAUUCGAAGACUAUCUGGACCUCAUUAAGGAAUGGCACGGCAAGAGCAAGGAGAUGAUCCAAUAUAUCACCACGUCUCUUCGUCCUCCCGCAUCCGACUCCGAGUCUGAGAAAAAGGAUCCAAAGGGAAAGAAGGAAGACACGCAGAUGAAGUCUCCAUCGCUCAGCCCCAAGCCUGUCGUCAUCCUCCCCACCUACCAACUCCGCGCCUCCGACGCCUACGCUUCCAAGAUUCCUAUUCAGGACGUGUAUAGCCCUAUGGAUCACUGGCAGUGGAUGGCGACGCUUUGGCGGGGAACCGUGGGGCCAGAUCUUACGAUUUAUGUGAAAUCUGCAGACAAGGAUAGCUCUGCUGGGAGCGGAAUAGGUGGGAAGCUGGUUGAGCUGAAUGAUGAGGUUCGAUGCUUGACGGUGCAGAGGGAGAAGGAGGGACGGUUUGCGGAGGCUGCGCUCAGAAGGGUGGGUUUUGAGGUUAGUGAGUGGGUUCGGAGUGUGAGUGUUGGAGGGAGUGGAAAGAGCUCCUGAUUUGGUGCGAGUCUCUUAAGUGCAUGUAUAUGUUGGC